AUGGAACUGAAGCAACAAGUGAAAUCAUUUUGUGAGAAUGCAAAGCAAAUGAUUGACAAGAGAGGUCAAGAAUUAAAUGACCAGAUUUGUGAAUUGUGUCGAGAAGGAACUGAUUCGAUUCGAAGUAUAUUAAAGUUUAAGGAGAUUCAAGCAGAUAUGAAAGAAUCAUUUGAAAACAUUCAUUCACUUGGAGCCUAUGCAUUGAUAGAAGCAAAAAUCACAAAGUUUAUUCGAGUUCAAAGAGAUUUCAACGAAUUGAAACAUAAUUUUUCUGAAAAUGUAAAAACGCUUCAUCUGGUUCAGGUGCAUGGCCUUGAUGAGGGAAUUAAGGAUUUAGAAAUCGAAGUGUCAAACAUUGGAAAUGUUUUGAGAGAACCUUCGAGAAUAUUAUCAGUCCGUUUUUCAAAUUUAGGCACAGAAGGACCGAAUGGACCCACAAGUGUUGACACUUAUUACUCAGAUCAGCCCGAUCUAAACGGAAAAGUGACACUUGUCAAUGGCAUUCAACAAUGGACAGUACCAUUUGAUGGCCGUUUUCUCAUUACUGCUGCUGGAGCAGCUGGAGGAUCAAAUCCAUACAACAACUCCAUUCGUGCUGGAUACGGAGCUGAAGUGAGUGGUGUUUUCCAACUCAACAAAGGAACAGUGGAAUGUUCAUUCAUUAUCUUUCGAAAGAAGUUUUACUUGUCAUUGAUCAUAUAUAGGAGGCUCGUUUGUAGUCGUUUCGAACACGAAUACUCCCUUACUUGUGGCUGCUGGAGGAAAUGGAUGUAA